GUCUAAUUUAGAACACGAAUCAAUCGAUAAAUCAUGAAUAAUUUAUACAAACAUGCUUUAAAACAAGAGCAAAGCUUAACACAGGACUUAGAAAAAUUUGAAAAUGGAGAGGAUGUUUCUGUUGGUAUACAAGGACAAAUAUCGGCAAGUCUUACAGCAUUAAAACGAACAAUAGAUGAUUAUGAUGGACUUGCUAAAAGAGAAAUGAUUCUUGUUAAGCAAGAAAAAGCUUUUGCUAAUAUAAGUAAAUUAAGGGAUGAUUAUAAUGAAUUCAAAAGUCAAUUUGAACGAUUAAAACAAAAAGAGUCCAAUAAGACCAUUCAAAAUAAUAGGGCAGAGUUAUUGGGACGAAGACAUAAUACAUCCACGCCAGAAUCCCCUUUUCAACAACAUGAAUAUUCGAGAGAACAACAUGCAUUACGAGAACAUGAUUUUUUAAAAGAAACAGAUUCAGCACUCGAUGAGUAUAUAAUGCGUGGAAGGGAAGUUCUUAAUAAUAUAUAUGAUCAAAAUAAUACUUUGAAGAAUGCUCAAAGGAAAAUGCUUGAUGCAGCAAAUACACUUGGAUUAUCUCGGAAUGUUAUUCAAUAUAUUGAACGACGUUUUGCUCAAGACAAGUGGAUAUUUAUAGCGGGAGUUAUUUUUACUUUAUUUAGUAUGUGGGCAAUUGUACAUUAUUUAACAUAGGAUAAUUUAUAUUUAUAUAUUUUAAUAUAAGAUAAUAUUUAUACCAAGUAUAGUUAAAAAUUUACUAAUUAAUAAUUGGAUCCUUAUAAUACAAACAUUAUUCCUUUGAGCAAUUCUCUUGAAGGUAUUCUUACCUUCAAUAAAUACCAG